UUGACACAUGACAUAUUUUGGUCUCAUCUCUAAUUCUAACCUAAAAAUUCAUACCCAAAAAUAUUUCCUAGAAUAGUAACUAAAAAUGUCUAAUAGUAAUUUAUUCUUGAAGUCUGGUUUUGUAAGAGCCCCUUUACAAAAUGGUGUGGGCCGUUACGUGUGUCAAUUACAACGAAUUGUGUUGAAAUUCUGUAAAAGUCAUGGAGGCAGUCGCGGUAUUAGAGAUUUCAUAGAACAAGAUCUGGUGGACUUUGCAAAACAGAACCCAGGUGUGGUGGUCUACUUGAAGCCCCGGCGGCACAGGUCCCCAGUAGUUGUGGCUGAAUACUUAAAUGGUGAUCGAGUAUGGAUGAGCGUGCACCAAAAAACGCACUCCGAAAUAACAAAAUGGAUUGAAAACCUCCGUACACAGCAAGGGGACAUAGCCUCAACGCGACUACGAAAAUACCAAUACACAGACCACCCCUCUAUCCAGGGUCCCUGGACCCCGUUCACGUUCAAGGAUCCUGAAUUGAACAUUGCAAGUUUACCGGACCCUAAAUUUGGUGCUAAUAAUAGACUACCUAUAACCGCUACAGAGCAGUUGAGAUUAAUGUUUGAGAAGCAAAAUCUAAAGGAUGUGGAAACGGCGGAAUAAAUGUUUUUAAAGUAUUAGAGCGGCCGUACACAGACUGCUCGAGCGGUCGGUCGUUGACUGCUCGAG